GUGGGUUGACUUCUUCUGUUUUUAAUUUUGUCAGAGAUGGGGGUAGUUAAAUAUGUUAAUAAAUAACCAAUCUUGCUUUUACCGGAAGAGGACAAGGUGCAGCACCGGCUUAGUAACGUUACUUUAAGUUAGUCAAAGAUAAAUGGCCGAGUGAGAUAGACUACCAGUAAGUGACCAUGGACAAAACGGAUAUUCUAAAAUUAAUGGAUUUUGGUCGGGGUCCACUUAUUGUAGAUGGUGGACUGGCAACAGAACUGGAAUCAACAGGUUGUAAAUUACAGGGAGAUCCUUUGUGGAGUGCAAGGCUGCUACAUACUAACCCACAGGCUAUUAAAGAUGCUCAUUACAGGUUUCUGUGUGCUGGUGCUGAUGUGAUAACUACAGCCACGUACCAGGCUAGUGUUGAGGGCUUCACCAGGCACCUGGACAUCACCCCUGAACAGGCCAACCAACUGAUCAUGUCAGGAGUGACUCUGGCCAGAGAGAGUGUCAAACAGUUUAUGGCUGACCAACCUCCAUCAGAUCGCAGGGUUCCUCUGGUGGCAGGUUCUGUUGGACCUUACGGAGCGUUUCUCCACAACGGCUCAGAGUACACUGGCGCUUACGCUGCGGAGAUGAGUGUUGAGGAACUGAAAGCCUGGCACCGCCCCCAGGUCCACUGUCUAGUUACAGCAGGGGUCGAUCUCAUUGCCAUGGAAACCAUCCCAAGCGUGAAGGAGGCAGAAGCUCUGGUGGAGCUGCUCAGAGAGUUUCCAGAUUCUAAAGCAUGGCUGGCCUUCUCCUGUAAGGAUGGCCAGUGUAUAUCUGACAACAGUCGUUUCUCUGAGGCGGUCCAGCUGGCCAGUAGGUCCAGUCAGCUGGUGGCUGUAGGGGUGAAUUGCUGUCCUCCAGCCCUGGUCAAGCCCCUCCUAGACUCAGCCAGGACACAGAGGAGACCAGAUCUCGGCUGGGUGGUGUACCCCAACAGUGGAGAGGAGUGGGAUACAUACUCUGGGUGGAGAAAACCAGAAAAAAGAAUAUCUUCAAUCGCUGAACUGAGUCUGGAGUGGAUGAAACAAGGGUGUGCACUUAUAGGAGGGUGCUGUCGCAUCAGUCCUGCUCACAUAGCGGAGCUACGAAGACAGAUACAUGGAGACAUGUCUGGGUCUGAUGCUUCACAGCGGGGACAGGGAAGACCUUAAGACAGACACAUGGAGACAUGUCUGGGUCUGACGCUUCACAGCGGGGACAGGGAAGACCUUAAGACAGACACAUGGAGACAUGUCUGGGUCUGAUGCUUCACAGCGGGGACAGGGGAAGACCUUAAGACAGACACAUGGAGACAUGUCUGGGUCUGAUGCUUCACAGCGGGGACAGGGAAGACCUUAAGACAGACACAUGGAGACAUGUCUGGGUCUGAUGCUUCACAGCGGGGACAGGGGAAGACCUUAAGACAGACACAUGGAGACAUGUCUGGGUCUGAUGCUUCACAGCGGGGACAGGGAAGACCUUAAGACAGACACAUGGAGACAUGUCUGGGUCUGAUGCUUCACAGCGGGGACAGGGGAAGACCUUAAGACAGACACAUGGAGACAUGUCUGGGUCUGAUGCUUCACAGCGGGGACAGGGGAAGACCUUAAGACAGACACAUGGAGACAUGUCUGGGUCUGAUGCUUCACAGCGGGGACAGGGAAGACCUUAAGACAGACACAUGGAGACAUGUCUGGGUCUGAUGCUUCACAGCGGGGACAGGGAAGACCUUAAGACAGACACAUGGAGACAUGUCUGGGUCUGAUGCUUCACAGCGGGGACAGGGGAAGACCUUAAGACAGACACAUGGAGACAUGUCUGGGUCUGAUGCUUCACAGCGGGGACAGGGGAAGACCUUACAGCUCUUAUUACUGCUACAGUAUGUAAUCCCACAGUCAGAUUAUGCAAUUAAUAACUAAUUUUAAAAUGAGUUUAUAUAAAUGAUUUAUUAACCCUCAUACUGCCAACAUAUGUUAUAUACAUUUGGAUAGUAUUUACAUCCCUAGACUUUGUCUAAAUGAAUGUAUGACUUUCUCCACAUUUUUUUGUGUUACCACCUGAAUUUAAAAUUGACAAUUUAAUCUAUCUUUAUUACUGUCCUACACACAAUGUCAAAGUGGAAUUGUGUAUUUUGAAAUGUUUUAAAAUGUAUAAAAAAUUUAAAGCUGA